AUUCUGUGAUAAAAGGAAGUAACAGUUUCCACGUAGGUGAGCGAUAAAAUGUCCAACAUUGCUCUCUUGUUUUCUUGUAUUUAUCAAAAGUUUAAAGAAUAUUAAGGUUAAUGAAAUGGCAGUCAAUUUGGAAUUUUUCACUUCAUAAUUGGGGGCACAUUUGGGACUUUGGGCGGACUAAGAAUUUGGGUGGGGGUGUGCAUAGUGGUUUUUAGGAUUAUUUAAAUUGUGAGAGGUAGCUUCUACUUACACAAUGUCCUGUAUAUUAUAUAGAAUCCUCAUCAAAUCCGUACUGGGUGUUCUUCUGAAUUUAGAUAUUGUAAUUGUUUUAGGUUUUAAUGUUUUAAUAGUUGCUAUAGAAAUCAUAUGGUAGAUUAGAGAAUACCUGUUAACUAAAAGAUUUAACACCAGGAAAAGCAUGUUUGACGUUAAGUUUUUUUUUUCAUUAUUAUAGAUUAUAGUGUUUUCAAGUUUGUUUUAGCUACGCGCGUCUAAACUGUAAGCAAAACUAUAAAACUCUUGAAAUAUAUAAACAUAGCUGUCAAUGUUUUUUUUUAUUUUUGUGUGCUUAAAAGAUAUCUUAUGUAUAUAAGCAUGAGUUUUUUUAUUGUGGGCUUUUUAUUGGGAUUAAUCUUUGAAGGGCUUUCUGACUUUUUCUUUUAAUUUUCUAUUCAAACAAUUUUUCGGGUAAACUGUCAUUUAAUAUUCCCAGUGUUUAUUCAGUUAAAUUAAGUACUGUAUCAAACUUUCUAUUUCAAUUUGUGUCGUAAAAUCAAUUAUGGUAUAGAACGUUACAAGUACUUGAUAUCUUUUAAGCUUGAAAUGUUGGCGAUUUACUGUCAUUUACACAUGGUUUUAUUUAUUGCAAAGGAUUAUAUUGCAGAAAUAAUUAAAGUAAUAUUAAUUUAAGUAGCUGCGAAAAAAAAAAAAAAUUGAAACAUUUGCAUGUACUGCUAAGUGGACAUAUUUAUGUAUCACAGUUUGACCUGUGUAACUGUUAUUUACUUUAAGAUGAAACAAGAUGACCUAACACUUUAAUCAAGUUAUUGUAAUAAACAGGAAAAUAGGCUGGAAUAUAAAAAUGAAAACUUAAAUAUAAAAUACCAUACGUUAUUAAAGUGAUAUGUUUGGAACAAUGUUGGAGCGCAUGCGAAGUAAUCAUGACUUUAAGGAUGAGUUGAAGACAGAGACAAGAAAAAAGAAUAUUUUGAUCCUUGUUUUAAACUAUUUAAAUGAAGAAGGUUAUUUGGAUUCAGGCCAGGCGUUGGCAAGGGAGACAAAUAUUGAUGUCUCAAAGUUUGAGGUCUGCGAUAACAUAGACUUGGAUACCAUAGUGAUGGAAUAUGAAUCAUAUUAUUAUGUCAAGUUCGCAAAAUACCCCAAAAUUUGCAAAAAACUUACACAGAGUGUAAAUCCCUAUGAUGGAGAUAGACGGACAAAAAUGAACAGAGCAAAUAGCAUGAGACAUUCGGCGUCAAGCAGCGCUAUACUGUUACACAGGUUAGCCACGUCGUGUCACGUAUGUCGUGACUUCUGCUUGUUGUCAAAUAGGGCUAGGGGUGCACAUCAAUAUUUAUUUAUGUUUUUUUACUGACCUGCUUGAAGCUAAUUUGGAUGAAGUUAAUUCUUUUGCUUAUGAAUUCAAAACUCAGUGAUUAAAUACAUUGUCCAUUCUAUUAAUAAUAUGCUAAAUUCAUAUGAUUCACUAACGACAGUCUUAGAAAUUCGAAUUCUCCAAUGUACAAUUAUGUUUUCAAUGUAACUAAGGAAAAUGUUGUAUAUAAAGUUUGUUAGCAUGCACAGAAUGAUGGUCAUCUGGCUCAGAUAGACAACACAUUAUUGCUGCUGCCAAUCUAUGAAAAUUGAUAAAAGUCUUCUUAGUUUACUUUUUGUCAAUAAGGCUGUCUUUCUUAAGUUUUUGUUCAAUUUUAUGGUAAAAAAACAACACCAAUGAUAAC